GUUCUCAUUAUGAUUCUCUGUAAUCACCAUUGAGUUACUUGAUAAAUACAACUAUUGUAUGAUUUACAAAUGACACGGAAAGUACAAUAGAGUAAUUUGUUUGUCAUUUUCGGUAGUUAUGGCAGGUGAUGAACUCGGUUAUAAAAGUGUUCCUCUCAAAGAGAAUAAUGAAGAUCAAGCUGAACCCCAACCAUCUAAAACACCUCCACAAGGUUUGGGCACGAGACACAUCCAGGCACUAUUACUCUUCAUAAGUCUGGCAACUGGAUACUCCAUGCGCGCUCAGCUUAGCGUCUCCAUGGUGGCAAUGACCAGUGACUCCACUCUUCAGAUGUGGUAUCCAAAUGUCUCCAGGGAAUGCUUAUUCCCUGACACUAACAAUAGUGAAAUUAAUGAUGUGAAUAAUGAAACUGGUAUAGUUGCGGAAGACAUUGAUGGUGGAGAAGAAUGCAGAAAUGCAAGAGAGAAGUUUCGGGGAUGGACUAUUUAUCGAAUUUACAACUGGAAUAAGGCGACUCAGGAGAUGAUCUUGUUCUCCUUCUUCGUGGGGUACACCGGAAUGAUGAUACCGACAGGCAUGCUGGCCCAGAAGUUUGGUGGCAAGAUACCAAUCAUGGUGGCGCUUGGAGCCAAUGCUGUAUUGUCCAUAUUGACGCCUUGGGUGCCCAUAUUUAGCGGUUGGCUAGGCGUGUGCGUAUGUCGUGUGCUGCAGGGCGCGACGCAGGCGGCCUUCUACCCCAGCAUCCACAGUAUGCUGGCUAAGUGGGCGCCUCUCAGCGAGCGCGGGCGGCUCAGUUCUUACGUUUAUACUGGGUCUCCGUUCGGCACAGUGGUAGCGUUCCAGAUCUCAGGAUUGUUCGCCGGCAGUUCAGGCCUGGGGUGGCCUGCCACAUUCUGGUUCUGUGGAGCUGCGAGCCUCACCUGCUUUGUCCUACUCGGCUGGCUAGGAGCAGCCACUCCUCAUGAACAUCCCUCUAUCACCAGCGAAGAGCUCAAGUACAUCAUGGGUGAUGGAAGCUCAGAUACCAAGAAGCGGCACACGCCUUGGAAGCAACUCCUUACGUCACCGCCGGUAUGGGGGCUGAUCACGAGCCACGUUGGUUCUGCAAUGGGCUACUUGUUCGUCCUCACACAGAUCCCACUCUAUAUGAACAAGAUUCUUGGCGUUGAUAUUAAGAAGAACGGUGUAUACUCAUCUCUUCCGUACAUUGCGAUGUACAUGACCACUAUCUUGUUCGGGAACCUCGCCGACUGGGCCGUCAACCGCAAAAUUCUCUCUGUUGCCAACAUUCGUCGAGUUGGGAAUUCCAUUGGCAUGGUGGUAUCAAGUAUGUUUCUGGUUGGCUUCAGCUUCGUCACCAGUACUCUUAUGGGAGUUAUACUUUUAGUGAUGUGUCUUGCCACACAUUCCGGCAUUCACAUUGGCUUUCACAUCAACUCCAUCGACCUGGCUCCCAACUUCGCCGGCCCCAUCAUGGCAGUUGGUAACAUGCUGGCUAAUCUUGCCUGUUUGAUCGUCCCAGUUAUGGUGUCCAACAUUAUCGGCGAUGAUACGACAAACCAGCACAAGUGGCAGAUCAUGUUUUUCAUUAUGGCUGCCAUCCAGAGUGCCACCAACAUCGUCUUCGUUGUCUUUGUGCGCGGCUCCGUCCAACCCUGGAACUUCCAUGAUGAACACAGAUAUGAACAAAGAAAAGAUAAUAAACUGAUGUUGAAACAAGGCAAUUCACAAGACUACAUAGCCAAGAAAUAAAUACCAAAUAUUAAUAGUAUUAAUGAUGAAAAUAUAGCUGUAAUUGAAAGUCCAUUAUAGUGCUGUGCAAAAUAAAAGCUAAGAAUUUUAUAUGCUACUGACAAUCCCGGAUACAUUGUAGAAGGCGACAACUGAGUGGUUCCAGUCGUGGUCGAGGUUAUUAAAAAUAUUUCCAUAUAUUUAGAGGUUAAUAUUAUGAGAUACAUUAUUUUAGUAUCUUUUUCUAUCUGUCGUGUGGGCUGUGAGGUGGAGUACCAACCUCAUCAACCCUGGUUUCAGGGUUAUUAUUGAGCCGCCAAAGGCCCCUGACAUGGCUCAUGUAACGAUUACUUACAUACAUCAGUAUGUAGUAACCGGGACCAACGGCUUAACAUGCCUUCCGGCUUAAAGGGCUGAUAUGACGAUGUUCUAAUAUCAUGUAUUUAGUAGCAAGUGUAUUUUACUGUGAGACUAGAGUGAUAGCUAUUCAAAUGAUGAAUGUUAUAAAAUUAAUAAGUAGCUCAACAAGCGGGACGUUAGCGUUCCAUUGUCAAUACCUAAUUCAGAUAGCAUAGUUUGUUUUAGAUAAAAGCUGCCAUAGAAUAGCUAAAGAUACGAGUUUUAAUAUAUUUGAGAUAAAUAAUGUGAAUGCUAAUACUACUGUUAAUAAAGAUUCUACUGG